AGAUAGGAAGAAAGAAAAAAACAGGAAGAGACCCUACGGCCACCUUCAGUCGCAUCGCGCGGACAACGAGAUCCCGGCGGUCGGGUCACCGACGGCGGCAUCCAGGAGCGUGCCAAGCGCGCCCCGAGAUCUCGCUGAUCGUCGUCCUCGUCCGCGCCGGGGGAGUCCCAAGCGCGUCGUUGCCGCUGGUUGGGGUCGCGGACCCCUUCCACGGGCGGCGGCGACAAAUCGGUUACGGCGCGCGGGGCGGCGGUCGACUGAUUCCGGCGGGAGAGAGGAGGAGGCCGUUCUCGUUGGCGUCGUCGCCACCGUCGUUCCCGUUCUUCCUCAUCGAGUUCCUGCUAUCUCUACUCCGUCUACAAUCUUUGGCGAUUGGGUUUUGAGGGAAGGAAGGUGAUUGGAUCGAAAUUUAUGAUUCAUAGGAUUUAUCUAUUGAUGAUCGCACAUCCUGAUAUGUUUGCAACCCAGUGAAUUCCGUUGAGUACUUGUGUUGACUGUGAUUGGGCAAAUUCUGCAUUAGAUUUUUUGCUGAUAAAAUUGGACAUCAAUUGGCUGCAAAUUAUGGAGCACCUCCCGGUUGAAGUUAUUGGCAACAUUCUUGCACAUCUUAGUGCUGCACGAGAUGUCAUGGUUUCCUCUGCGGUUUGCCGGAAGUGGCGGGAGGCCUGCAGGAAGCAUCUCCAUUCACUGUCCUUCAAUUCAGACGACUUUCCUCGGGACAUGACCACACGUCAACUGGAGAUCAUCAUCACACAGACUAUAUUCCAGACGAUGGGACUGCAAUGCCUCUCUAUUCAUAUAGAUAACACACAUGAGUUCUCCGCAGCACCUGUGAUUGCAUGGCUAAUGUAUACCAGGGAGACGCUCCGGUGCCUGUAUUACAACAUCCAAACCAACCCUAAUGUAAACAUCCUGGAGAAGUGUGGUAGACAGAAGCUGGAGGUGUUGGAUUUGGACCAUAACACAAUCACCGGUGUUGAACCAAGCUACCAGAGGUUCACUUGUCUUAAAUCCCUUUAUUUGAGGCAUGUGAGCAUUUCUGCCCUGGAUUUGAGCCUUCUAGUUGCUGCUUGCCCCAAGAUCGAGUCAUUGGCACUUGAUGUUCUUGAGAUUGUCACUUCUGAUUCGCAGUCUACAAUGGAAUUAACAAGCCAUACCUUGAAAAGCAUCUUUGUAAAAACAGUUGGCGUGGAUAAGAUCAUACUCGAUGCAGAUAAUCUGGAGGUCCUGCACCUGAAUGCUUUGAACCUUGAUCUGUUUGAGCUCUCUGGGAAGGGUACACUAAAGCAUCUCAAGAUUGAUGAUGUGAGUGUUACACAUUUGGAUAUUGGGGAGAGUACCGAUCAUCUGGAGGUUGUGGAUGUGAGUAACUUUAUGAUAGUCUGGCCAAAGUUCUACAGUAUGAUAUCUAGAGCAUGCAACUUGCGGGUGCUACGUUUCUGGGGUGUUGCGUUUGAUGAUGAUGAUGAGAUUGUGGACUUGGAGACUGUUGCUGUUGCAUUUCCUCUUCUAAGGCAUCUUUCACUAAGUUAUGAAUUACGAGAUGGGCUACUGCAAGGAUUGUCACCACUGGAGAAUGUUUCGGUUCUGGAACUUGGUUGGACAGUAAUAAGUGAGCACUUUGGACCCUGGGUGUUUGGAAUGAUUGAAAAAUGUCCAAAUCUCAAGAAACUUGUCAUUCAUGGUGUUCUUUCUGAGGCAAAAACACGCGAAGAGCGCAAGAUGUUAGCAACCUUCACUUCCUUUAUAGUUUGUCUCAUGAGGAAGUAUGUGCAUGUGGAUGUGCAAUUUGAGUAUGAGUGAUCAGCCACUAGGUCGAGUGGGUAUUCAUCAUCCUUGUUCCGUUCAACUCUUGCCAUUAGCUUUGCUUCUGAUCCUACUUCAUGACGAGCAUAUAUUUUAUAAUCGGCAGCUGCAUGUACCAUCGGACAUGGUUAAAGAAAGCUUGAGAGCACCUAUUCACAAAACUGCAGAAGAUUCCUGUAUUUGCCCAUCGCAUUAUAGCUCGGACGGCAGAACCGGAUGCUAUUCCUUCUUCUGAGAAACCCUCUCCCUUUCUCCUGCUUCAUUUGUUCAGCUGUAGUGGAAUGAUUCAGUUGAGAUUUUAAGUGCACAUCAUAUCAAACAUCUUUUGGAUAUUCAUGAGAUUAGAAUUCGGUUCGAGAUUCUCUUGGUAUGUGCUGCCAUAGUGCAAGUUUUUGUAAACUAUACCAUUUAAAGCUCACAGUUCAUGCCCUUA